CAAACGCAACAUCCGCCUGGUGCAGCAGCCAUUUUGUGUGUUCAUGCGGAGACUCGGAACAGCGGUUCCCCCUCGGUAAAUAUUCGGACCCGGGCGAAACCGGGCUCCCCGAACCCCUUAGAAAAAGUGAGGAGGGUGUGAAUAGGCGCUGUGGGAAUUUUAAGCGGAGCUGCGGGAGCCGGUUUGGCUGUGCGGGGCGGCGGCAGCAUGUCCAGCGAGGAGAGCUACCUGGCCAUCCGGCGGUACCUGACGGACGAACGGCAGCCCUACGCGCCCGGAACCCCCGGCAACACCAAGCGCAAGAUCCGCAAAGCGGCCGCCUGUUACAUCGUGCGGGACGGGGUUCUGUUCUACCAGCGGCGGCAGAAGGGCCUGGACCACUUCAGCGAGCUGGAGGUGGUGCUGCAGGCCGACCGGAGAAGGGGACUGAUCGGCGAGGCACAUCUCAGCUCCUCGGGGGAACACCUGAACUCCCAGCUCACCUGGGAAACCAUCUCUCAGAAAUACUGGUGGAGAGGUAUAUUAAAGCAAGUGAAGGAUUAUAUUAAGGACUGUCAGUGCCAGAGUAAACAGGAGCGUAACAGAAAUGGUGCUGAAGAUGGCACUGGUCUGGCAGCUGCCCAGCGACAAAGGACCCGGGCCAGUGAUGAGGAGGAAGAGGAUGAAGAUAAUGAAGAUAUUGAUGAAGAUCUUAAUCAGUCCUUUCCAGUCAGGUCAAAAGCCAGCAGAGUGAACAAGCAUGAACUGGUGUUUGUGGACAGUAAAGGGGUCGUGCAACAGUUUCUGCCCAAACACGGACAGACUAUGCUGGAUAAACUAAAUGAGCAACGUCUGAAUAAUCAGUUCUGUGAUAUCACUCUGCUCAUCGAGGGCGAAGAGCUUCGGGCACACAAAGCCGUCCUGGCUGCCUGCAGUGAAUACUUCAGAGAACUGUUCGUAGAGAAAGGGGCGAUAUCCAGCCACGAAGCUGUGAUUGACCUCUCUGGCUUCAGUAAGGCCAGUUUCUUGCCUUUGCUGGAGUUCGCCUACACCUCUCAACUGACCUUCAACUUUUGCGUGAUGGCGGAUAUCGCCACAUUGGCACGGUACCUGCUGAUGCCCGAGGUGCUGCAGAUCUGCGAGAAGGUGCACAAGAAGGUAGAGGAGCAAAAGCUGAUGGUCUACCAGCAGGGAGACGUCCACACGGUGGUGGCCACCCAGGUUAUGCCCUCGGAUGUGGUGCAGCCUGGAGCGUACGUCGUGGCGCUGCAGAGUGACGGGCAGGCGGUGGUAACCCACGCUGACCAGUCCGAGACUGGCGAGGCCAUUACGGUCAUCGCAGCUGAGGACGAGACCGUGGGCUCUCUGGCACUGCUGGCCGGAGCGACGGUGGACGGAGAGACCAUGACUGUGGUGACGCACAGCGGACAGGCUGGCUCGGCCGAUUCACUGGCCAUCGUGGCCCACAACGACCAAUCAGAAGUGGAAGAGACCAUGACUGUGGUUACUCAUUCCGGACAGGCCGGCUCCAGUGAGUCUCUGGCCGUGGUCCAGGCCUGCUGGACGGUGGAGGAGCGGCAGGUGGAGGACACGUCAGUAGUGGAGAGUGUGGAGUCUGGUGCGUUAAUUGUCCAGGUUGAUCCAGACAAGAUGGUUCCAGCUGAAAAUGUAGACAUGGCUGCUGUUCCAGCAGUGACGGCCCUGAAGAAGGAACCAGCUGUUGGACCUGCGGAAGUUCCACCCCAGUCAGAACCGUCCGUACAGUCACCCGCCCCCGCAACUCCAAGAAAACGAGGAAGACCCCCAAAAGCAAAGCAGGUUGCCCCACCUCCCCCUCCAGAACCUGAUCCUGUGGAGGUGGAUGCUGUGGAGAGCAGUUCUACUGAAGGGGAAGUGAAGAAGGAGGAGCAGGAGAGCGUUGAUCCGAAUAAGCGGAACUUGAGAAAGCGCUCGAUGAGGGAGGGUGGGUACGUUCGUCUGCAUAUGGGACUCGAGAAAGAGGAGCAGGAGACGCCGUUGAACACUGUGAAGAAAAUGGCCAGGAAAGGUCUCACGCUGGCUCAGACUGUGAAAAAACGUUCCGCUGAUUCUCCUGACGUGGAGAUCAUUUCUGACACUGAGAAGACGCUGUUGGAGGAGGCGGAGUUAGCAGCGAGGGAGGUGGCCCCUGUGGAGGAAGAGGUGGUGCAGGAUAAGCAGGAGGGUGCGGUGGAUGGAGAACACACGUGUGGCGAGUGCGGCCUGGUGUUCCAGAGACGCUACGCCCUCAUCAUGCACACGCUAAAGCACGAAAAAUCACGCGGCUUCAAAUGCACCCUUUGUAAUAAAGAGUUCCAGUAUGCCACAUCUCUGCGUGCUCACCUCGCCCGUCACAAGCACCAGAAGUCCCAGAGAGUGGUGGCGAGCCGAGGGCCAGCGUUGGAGGACGCGGAGGAGCCAGAGGGACAGUCUAAAGGCCGGACGAAGCGGGAGUUUGUGUGUGAUAUCUGCGGCAAAACGCUGCCCAAACUCUACUCCCUGCGCAUCCACAUGCUAACCCACACUGGAGUCCGGCCGCACGCCUGCCGGCUCUGCGGUAAAAGCUUCGCCACCAAACACAGCCUGAACAUGCACCGAGCGCUGCACGACUCUGUCAAGCGCUUCCACUGCACCAUCUGUGAAAAAUCCUUCGUUACCAAGAGGAGCCUGGACGAGCACACCAGCAUACAUACAGGUGAAUCAAAGUAUUCAUGCAGUCAGUGUGGAACAUCAUUCCACCGAGCUUCUGGGCUCAGCAAACACUUGAAAAAACAUCAACCCAAACCUAUGGUCCGUGCAUUUCAGUGUACCCACUGUGAUAAAAGCUUUUUCGAGUUGAAGGACCUGCAGCAGCACAUGAACAAGCACCUGGGCCUAAAGCCUUUCCAGUGCCAGGUGUGUGGGAAAUGCUACAGCUGGAAGAAGGACUGGUACUCCCAUGUUAAAUCACACACCGUCUCAGAACCCUUUAGGUGUAAUGUGUGUGGUAAGGAGUUCUUCGAGAAGGCUCUGUUCAGGAGGCAUGUGAAGAAGGCGACCCAUGGAAAGAAGGGCCGGGUGAAGCAGAAUCUGGAGAGGGAGUGUGAGCACUGCGGGAGGAAGUUCACCCAGCUCCGAGAGUACCGGCGCCACAUGAACAACCACCAAGGAGUGAAGCCGUUUGAGUGUCUGACCUGUGGGGUGGCGUGGGCUGACGCCCGCUCUCUGAAGCGCCACGUCCGCACGCACACCGGUGAACGCCCGUAUGUCUGCCCGCUGUGUGAGGAGGCCCACAUAGAUGCUCGCACUUUGCGAAAGCACAUUACCAAGUACCAUGGAGAUCACCUGCCCGGGAAAAUCAUGCUGGAGAAGGACACACUGCAGUUUCACAACCAGGGCACACAAGUGGAGCAUGCAGUCAGCAUCCUCAGCCCCGAGCUGCCCCCCGAGCUCCAGCCGCCCCAGCCGCCGCCCAGUGAGGAGAUUGAGACAGUCCUCAUCACCGAGGAGACUGUGGAGGCCGUGGAGGCAGUGCAGGCCGUCAGCGAGGGCUCCAUUUCCACGCUGUCGGACCAGAGCAUCAUGCAGGUGGUGAACUAUGUGCUGGCCCAGCAGGCUGGCAUUAAGGUGGAAGAGGCUGCUGACAUCAUUCAGACCAUGGAGGUGGAGGUGGCUCACGUGGCAGAGGUGGAGUGAUGUGAGGACAGAGAAGUGAGACCAUAAAGGAGGGCAGCAUUCGACUGAAACUGAAAUAAACUCUGCGUUAGGGGUGGGCGAUAUGGUAAAAAUAAAUAUUGUAUUACAAGAUAUCGACUCAUUUUCAUGUACAUACACAAUUGUAUGAUAAUUUGUGCCACAAAUUAUUUUGGACUCAUAAAAUGGCAUCCACAUGGAUACUCCCAUAUUUAUGCUGUGUUCCAUUUAUUUUAGACAUUAGAUGCUGUAACUGUGAAUCCCAGUUAAACAUUCCAAUAAUUUUACACAUUUCUAAACAUAUUUCCAAAAAACUUGCUAAAGAUAUUUUAUUUUUUGGAGAUUACCAUAGCUGGUUUGACAGUCCUCUGUUGACGUUUUAUGGUAAAUCCAAUCAAAAUAUGUCACCCUUUAUAUGUUUCAGAUUAGCACUGUUACCAGUGAGUGUGAUUACUUUAUAAUAUUCUAUUAAAUAUGAUUAUUAAGUAGUCUGUAUAUAACAGCAUAGUCUGAUUUAUCUGAAAAGUGAAAGGUGUAAAAUUCAGAUUAGUAAAUGUGAUAGAGAGCUGGAUUUUGAGCUCAGUAAUUAGAUUUCUCCGUGCACGUAAACUGUCUCUGUGCAUGAGUGGAAGCAGACUGUGUUGGUGGAAAUAAGUAAGCAGUGUUGAAUGCAGAACCUGAGAAUUCUCGUCCAAACACUUUGAGAGCAACGCUGAAACUAAAGAAGUUAAAUAAGCUUUAUCCUCUAGCAGAUCUAUGAUCAGAUUGCAGAUAGGUGUGUGAAAAAUGCUGCUGCAUGAAGUUUGCAAUUUACUCAAUGUUAUUGGCCGGUUUCAAAGCACAAAUUUCAUUGUUUGACCCGUUAUCUGAUGUUUAUAUAAACACAUUGAUCGGAUUGUUGGAGAGUUCUGGCUGAAAUGAUCUGCUGGAACUUCUGAAUUCUCAGUUCAGAUGGAACGCAGCAUUAAUCAGUAGUAUUAAACAGCACUAGUUACACUCUUGGGUGGUCAGUGUUCUUUAAGCUGAUAGACAAUAUAAUUUUCUGAGCAUGUUGUGGGUAUCAUUGCAGUCACAAUACAAUUAACGAUCAUUAUAUCGCCCACCUCUACUUAGCAUAGCCAUGUGAUGUAUAAAGAGGUAGUUUGGCCCCUCCCCUAUCUUUGCUUUGGCACAGACAGAAUGUAUGCACGAACGUGGCGUGUUUAUUUUUGUUGUAAUAUAAAUAUAUAUAAAAUGCUGACCUAAGGAACAUUUCUCCUCGUGUGCGCUGAGAAUUAGGUAGGCUGAUAUGAUUUGUCAAUAAUGUAUAAUAAAAAAGCAGCAAGGAAUUCAGUAAAAAAUCAGCUCUUAUGUACAGAAACAACUUUUUAACCGAUUGGUUAUUGAUAUAAUUUCUAUUCAUAAUGGACUGUAUUUUUGGGUUAAUGUUUUAAGUUUAAAAGCUUUGAUGGUGUUUACGGUGAGGGUGCAGUCUGCCUGGUGGAGGUGUGUACAGUGCUGGAUCCUGGAUCAUCACAACCAAAUAAAAGCUUUAUGCAGGGCUGUGCCACAAACCCAA